UAACCGUGUCCCGGAGAUGGUCGGCAGGUUGAACUUGCCCCAUGUGUGUGAGGCAGAGCCGCUGGACAUGAGCAGCAGGCCGGAGAGAGGACUCGACAGCCCGGACUCGGGUCUGCCCCCGAGCCCGAGCCCCGGAGCCUGGCUGCUGCUGCCGGGGGGCGCGGAGAAAGCCGGGGGAGCGAGCCCGGUGUCCGAGGACGAGGGACGGGACUCCCUGGUUCCAGUUGAACCAACUGGAUCUUUCCCACAGCUACACCCGCUGUCUUUUGGAGAAGGCAUAGCCCUCGACCCGUUACCGGCAAAGGAAAUAAGAUACGUCUCCUCUGUGCACUACAACUCGGACCGUCACUUCAUCCAGGACGUGGCCCUGCAGCCGUCGGGCCAGGGCCUCGAACACUGCAUGCAGACCAUCAUGGCGGUUCCCCACAGCACCUGGCGCCACUACAAAACGCAGCUGGACUUCCAGCCUCGCCACCGGCUGCAGCGCGUCAGGAGCACCACCAUCAUCUACCCCAAGAAAACCAGCGCCGUUUACACCACGGAGCUGAGCUACGACUGCCACCGGCUGUCCAGGCGCUUCCUGUCCAGCGUGGAGCUGGAGGCGGGCGGCCACAGGAUGAUACCUCAGUGA